AUGCUCCCUCUAUUUUCACUGCUUUUACCCUCAGUCAGGAGUUCACCCUCAGAGCAGCGUUUGAUGAAUGACUUAUUGGCUGGAUAUGUUCGUGAAGAACGACCUGUACUGGAUAGCAGUAAGCCAGUAGUGGUCUCUCUUGGUGUUUCUAUGCAACAAAUCAUCAAUCUGAACGAAAAGGAAGAGCAGUUGGAGGUGAGCGCAUGGCUGAAAUUCCAGUGGCGUGACGAGAACCUACGAUGGCAACCAGCCGCCUAUGACAACGUCACUGACCUACGGCACCCUGCUGGGACAAUUUGGCAACCUGACAUCCUUCUUUAUAAUAGCGUUGACCCCGCAUUCGACUCCAUGUACAAGGUGAAUCUACUCAACUAUCACGAUGGUGUAGUAAAUUGGGUACCACCGGGAAUUUUCAAAAUAUCGUGCAAACUCGACAUUUACUGGUUUCCCUUCGAUGAACAAGUUUGCUUCUUCAAGUUCGGCUCAUGGUCAUUCAGCAGAGACAAGAUCGAGUUGGCCGUUGGAGACUUCGACUUCUCUGAAUAUUUACCAAAUGGAGAAUGGAUUAUAUUUAACUCGAUGGUAAACAUUUCGGUGAAAUACUAUGAAUGCUGUGUGGAGGCAUUCGAGGACAUCAAAUUCACUCUCCAUCUUCGUCGUCGCACUCUAUACUACGCCUUCAAUCUCAUCAUGCCUUGCUUCCUGACAAUGGUAUUGAUGGUCCUGGGUUUCACACUGAGUCCGGAAACCUGCGAAAAGGUUGGCUUGCAGAUCUCCGUGUCACUGGCCAUCUGCAUCUUCCUCACGAUUAUGAAUGAGAUGACGCCGCACACAUCCGAAGCAGUUCCGUUGCUUGGCGUUUUCUUCCAAAGCUGUAUGGUGAUCUCAGUGUUAGCGACGUCGUUUACCGUGUUCGUGCAGAGCUAUCACUUCCGCAGCCACCAUAACACUCAUCAGAUGACAUUUUUGAUGCGUUUCAUUUUACUUGAAUGGGCGGCGUGGUUGCUACGAAUGAAGUUUCCCGAAAGAGAAAAUACAAUAGAUACGAUCAAAGAAAGUUGGAGGAAUAGAAAAAGACUCAGGAGAGACACCAUAACAGCAGUCAAUUUCCUUCAUGAAUUUCCUUUUCCGUAUUUACAGCCUCGACAGUUUCGUUUGCGAACCUUUCGUUUAUUUAUUUAUUCACCGAAUCUUCAGAUUGUCUCCAAAGUUAAGGACGACCAGCGAACAAGUGAGCGUCUUCGUGUUCUACAGAAAAUAUACGAUCAUGUAAAGAUGAUCCGCGAGCGUUCGGAUGACGGUGUGAAGGAGAGCCUUGUCGCGUUGGAGUGGAGGUUCGCCGCGAUGGUCGUCGACCGCCUCGGGUUCCUGGCAUUCUUCGGCCUGCUCGCCACCACGACUUUCGUCAUCUCCGUUCGUGCACCGUAUCUGGUCGCUUGA